UGUCUAUGUUCGUCUGCCGUCGGUUUGUGGCUUUUUAACGACAGUCCGGUUGGCGAAUUUGCGAAACGUAGUAUGGUAGGGGAAGGUUCCGCCCUUUUCGCCUCUGAUUGACUAGAAGGUGAACAGCAGAAGAACCUACACCUAUCAUUGUACGUUUAGCAAAUUCGCCCGCCGGUUUGUGGCCUUUUCUCCACAAGGGCUGAAUUUUUGUGCCAUUUCCGGUUUGUGCCUCCGUCUACCAUACAGCGAGCUUCGUGCCGCUCCGCUCGUUAGCAUCUGGUUAAGGACAGCAGAGGAAAAUUAGUCACUGGGAUAACUCUGGCUCUUUUAUAGUUAUUGUUGCUUUAUCUGUUGAUUAAUGAGUGCCAUCCCUAUCAAAUUAUUAAAAUAAAUAAUCACGUGUCUGUAAUCAGAAGAUUCUUUGCAUCUAUCAGGAGUGAUAUAUCUUAGACGAUCUUUGGCUGCGUUACUUCUUUAAACCCCGCCUCCUGUUGGUGACGAAGGGUCACGGUAUUGGUCAGUAGCCGCGUGGUAUCGAAGUACUUCCUGUGUGAAAUCUACUGUGCGGAGUUCUGUGUUUUUGGUGAGCCGAGAAGAGGUUGUUGUGUGUACCGAGUUGUGUUCUGUGCCCGUAUGUGGGUCAGAACUUUGUCUGCUGGAGUGUUCUGGAGAAGCGGAAUCUCCUGGAGGAGCUUGUUCACCAUGCGGCUGCAGUCCACCGAGUUCCAGUCCGUGUUCACCGACGGACUAAAAGCGCUGGCAGAUGUGUUUGCAAAGCACCAAUAUGAGGUGAGGAUAGCAGGGGGUGCUGUGCGGGACCUGCUGUCUGGAAAGCGACCAGAGGAUGUGGACUUUGCGACCACAGCUACACCAGAGGAGAUGAAGGACAUGUUCCAAAGUGCUGGAAUCCGGAUGAUCAACAAUAAGGGAGAGAAGCACGGCACCAUUACAGCAAGACUGAACAAUGAGAACUUUGAGGUGACCACACUGCGGGUGGACGUUCAGACUGAUGGGCGCCAUGCUGAGGUUGAGUUCACCACUGACUGGGAGAAGGACGCCGAGCGGAGAGACCUCACCAUCAACUCCAUGUUUUUAGGACUUGAUGGCACAUUAUAUGACUAUUUCAAUGGAUAUGAAGACCUGCAGAACCGUAAAGUUCGGUUUGUUGGCAGUGCUGAGCACAGGAUUCAGGAAGACUACCUGAGAAUACUACGCUACCUUCGGUUCUAUGGCAGGGUAGCUUUGGAGUCUGAUGACCAUGAGACACAGACACUAGAUGCCAUCAGAAAAAAUGGACACGGAUUGGCGGCUAUAUCAGGAGAACGGAUUUGGGUUGAACUAAAGAAGAUUGUGGUUGGUAACCAUGCUGACAAACUUCUGGAGUUGAUAUACAGCCUGGGACUGGCCCAGUAUAUCGGCUUACCCCCCGAUGGUGACAUUGAGGAGAUGAAGCAUGUGUGGCAGAAUGCCAAAGCCCACUCUCCCAAACCUAUGACCAUCGUGGCUGCUCUGUGUCACAGCACAGCUGACGUGGAGAAGAUGGACCUUCGACUGAAGGUGUCCAGGGAGGAGAAAUCUCUGGCCCUGUUUCUCAACAAGUUCAGACGGGAGCUUCGGAAGAGCCCAGAUGAGAGGGACUGCCUGAAACCCUUCACCGACUUUAUCAUUGAUAGUCGGGAGGUGGGCGUCCAGAGUAAAGUGUGUGAGCUGCUGAAGUAUCAGGGUGAAGAGAAGCUGCUGGCGGAGCUCUCCACGUGGUCCAUCCCUCUGUUCCCCGUCAGCGGCCACGACCUGCGCCGGCUGGGCGUUAUGUCAGGCACAGAGAUCGGCGCUGCUUUGCAGAAUCUCCGUGACGUCUGGAAGAAAAGUGGAUAUAAAAUGGACAAAGACACAUUGCUUAGUUACUUAAAGUCCUAACUGUGUGUGACGUCUACAAUGAUGCAGUUUGAACAAGUACUCAGGUGAACACGUACAGCUCAAAAACCGCUGCUGCAGCACUCUGGGUGAUCUUCAUAAACUACGAUUGGGUACAAAUUACAAAUCCAAAUCUGAAACAAAUUGUUUUUUGCUUGGUUCAUUUUCAUAUUUUGACAUUGAAAAUGUCCUUCUGGAUCAGACCAGCUUCCUGAAGACUGAUUGGGUCACUGGGGUGUUCACGGUGUCAUGCAGGACAGGAAGUGAUGUCAUGGCUGCUGCAGGUGGAUCUGGCGGUGGUGUUGAUGUGUAGUUGCAUGUGGUCACUGCGUGGAGUCCUCGUACCUUCUGCUGCUGUGUGACGUUCACUAACAAGACGACAGUCAUUGUUUCACUGUUGUUUCAAAGAAACUGAACGGUCACUCAAGUUUCUGUCACAGUGAUUUAAACUGGUAUUUAAUGUGGCCCCUCCCCUCUGGAAGAAUUGGCCACAGGCCUGAAUGUAAACAUGAAUUGUGAAAUGGGUAAAUCUAUCAAGAGUACUCAGUAUCUAAGGAAAGCUUUAAGCAGAAGGACUCGGUACCCAAAAUCAAUGUCGAAUCAAAGUCUUCCCAAGAUACUGUUCCCAUUCCACUGGAUGUUUUAUGAGUGCAAUUUUAUUUUAAAUGACCACAUGCUGGUUUUGGUUCACCUGCUUCCCUCUGUAUACCCUGAGAUCACAGCUGAUUCUGUGGAUGAACAUUACUUCUAUUUUUCUCUCCUUCUUUUGCUUGUUUUUUAUGAUGGGCACUUAAAAUUUUCACUUCAUCACAGUGAAUAAAUUUAAAAUUCUCCCCCCAGCCAACAAGUUGAAAAGGGAUUUUAUUGGAGUGAGUUAUCUUUACCAUUUGUACUCAGUCGGUCCGUCCAUCUGUCCAUCCUAAAGGAAGUGAAACUGUAAAAUAAA